AAAUGAGCGCCUCUUCUUCUCUAGCGUGACACAGUUCACCGCGAACGUUACGAGCCGAAGCAGAAGAGCGCCGAGUGAAUCUCCUGCCGAAUGGAGGUGAACGCCGACUCACUUUAUUCCACCUGAAACGUUCAUUCGUCUUCUCCAACUCGCCGUGAGCGUCGCGCGGCUUUAAUGUGUAAGCCGGCGUUUUGCGGCCGCGUUCUGCCCGUUCGCUUCGCGGCUAAUAACUCAGCGGCGUUCUGCUAACAGUCGUUCCAGCAGCAGCCACCGUAAAAGAAGCACGUUUGCAGAAACCGUUCUUUUCCCACGCGUUAUUAUCUAUUAUUAUUCGCCUGUGCGAGUGAGAUAGAAAGACACUCGGACGUGGUGCAGGUGUGACGUGCAUGAAGAAAACCCCCUUCAUCUGUAAAUGCGACGUUAAUAAGGGCACAGUCAUGGUGGUGAAGAAGAAGAAGACAGCCGCCAAAGUGCAAGCUGUGGUUCUGGAUGAGGAGAAGCUACACGGGCUGAUAGCGUCCCUGUCUGUGGAUGGAGGACAGGAGGGACUGGGCCAGCUCGCUCGCACCCUGCAGGCCUGCUUGGAGCUGUCGGAGCCCGUGCAGCAGAUCCAGCUGGUUAAAAAGGCAGGGUCCCAGCUGGAGGCGCUGAGUGAGCAGGAGCCCGAUGGAGCCCUUCUACAGGCCUGUCUGCACGCCCUGGCUCUGGUCUACACCUCCCUGCAGGCCAAGAACCCUCUGCGAAGAGCCAUUGCCAGUGCUUUGUCUUCAGCACCAGCCUGGAUGCAGGAGCCUGCUCUCGGCACUCUGUCCGCCUGCUUGUCCGACUGUCUGUCCGACCCGGCAUCAGAGCGCUACCCGCACGCCAUGGACACCGUCGCUGCCUGCCUGGAUAGCUUCCCCCUCGGGGAGAGAUGCAUCAACAAGCUGCUGCCCGAAGUGUUGCAGUUUAUUCACAAGGGAUUGAGCGAAUACCUGCACCUCAACAGUGGCCUGACGGGACGUCACAUCGCCCAGGCCCAGCUGAUGCAGUCCUGCCUGGCGGCGGUGAAGACGUCCGUGCUGGUGAUCCAGAGGUGCCAGGAGACGAUGGGCGGCAGCCUGCGGGCCGAGCUGGAGGACACGCUGAGCCGCCUGCUGGGCUGCUACACGCACAUCCUCACCGACGAAGAGUUUGUCCAGUCGGUGCAGAGCACAGCCGGCCUCGCUGUAGUCCUCCUGAUCCGCUCCGUCAUGGGUUGUGGAGAUGAAGUUGCCUCUGUGGUGUGCAGUUUGCUGCGUAGCUCGCCGCCGGGUUUGGACUCGGCCCCCCGGUGGCUGAAGCAGCGGUGCGAGGGCCUGUGUGCCGGCGGGCGCCCGGCGGGGGUCUCCCUGUACCUGUGUCACGGGGCUCUGGCCAUGCUGAGCUGGAGGGGCGCUCUCCCGGGGCCGCAGUGGGAAGAGCUGCUGCUGCUGGUUCCAAACACGCUGCUGGACCUCGACGUCAGCAUAAAGGAGUCCAGCACGGCCAUGGUGGUGGCUCGGGUUCUCACCCUGUGGAGCAGCGCCGCCUUGGACUGCCUGCAGGCGGGAGGGCAGCCCUGCCCGCCCCGCCUGCGGCGCUCCCUCAGCGGGGGCUCGGAGCUGCAGCGACACCUGCUGGAGCACAUUUACUCCCACUGGGAGCACCCGCUGGACGGCGUGCGCCACCAGACCCGCUCCCUGUUCCGCAACCUCCUCCUGCUCCACCAGCGCGCCAACCCGCCGGCGCCCGACCCCCCCGAGGACCCGUACGUCUCGGAGCUCACCCGGAGCCUGCUGGGCCUGGAGUGGCACAUGCGGGGCAAGUACGGCUCCCUGGGCUGCCUGGUGGAGCUGUACGGGGCGGGCCACCUGCUUGCCGUCCAGCCCCAGCUGCCCUCGCACCUGGUGGGGCUGAUGGGCGACCAGAACCUGGCCCCGUACGCCAGCGACCUCCUGGAGAGGCUGUUCGUGAGCCACAAGGCGCAGCUGGCCGACGAGGCUGGUGCGGCGGGCGAGGCGGCCACGCGGGACUGGAUGGAGCGCUGGCACCAGACGUGGGUCACCCCCCUGCUGCGGGUGCUGUGCCGCGCCAGGCUGGACCAGACCACGUACAUCCUGGACUACUUCCUGCCCAAGCUGCUACGCUGCAGUCCCUCCAGUCUGGCGCACAUGGUGCAGGCCUUACAGGACACGGCGCCGCCCUGCCACGCGGGCAGCAGGGGCGCACUGGGAGCUCUCAUGACGUGCCUGCGGGCGGCCAAGGCUCAGGGCGUCGUCCCGUCCUCAAAGGAGGGUCUGUGGGGAGGACUGGUGCCCCUCUCCCUGCUACAGCGAGCUCUGGUACACAAACAUGAUCAAGUGAGGAUGGACGCGUUGGGGUUAGUGUGCGAGAGCCACCGCAGCACGGAAGCUGUGAGCUCCCAGGAAAUGGAGCUGGUCCGCCACUUCCUGCCGCCCAAUCUCAACAGCCAGGCACCAGGCGUCCGACAGCAGACCGUCAGCCUGCUGAAGAAGCUGCUGUGUAGAUUGAAGGACAGCGCAGUGCUGCUGCAGAGGAGACUGAUCCAGGAGAGGGAGCAGGAACAGAGAGACGGAGACCAACGUACACUGCGUCAGUACAAGGAGUUCCUGCGCUGGCUGUGUGUGACGCUGCUGGAGGUUUUGCUUCCCGGAUCUUCCUUCUCCAAAUGCCUCACGUCGCUCCACCUGCUGUGUCUCCUGGGCGAGUUCUUCACCUUCAGCACCGGCCCCGAUGUGUUUGCCCUCGGCGAGGCCGUGACCUCUGCGCAUGCUCAGAACGUCCUCUACUGCGUCGCCAGCAACUUCCUGGAAGUCAAACAACUGGCCGCCACGUUGCUACGGCAACUGCCGCCAUCUGCUGUGGGACUACAGGUCCCGGAGAGGACGCUCAGUGUCCUCCAGGCGGCUCUGGACCUCAGCACCAGCACCAAGCCCUUCGACAGCGUCACAGCCGCCCACCUCCUCCACCUGCUGCUCCGCCAGCCGGACCUGGGCGCGGCUCUGCUGCACUGCGCCCGGGAGCAGGGCCUCGAGGUCCCGCCUCCCCCCUCGACACCCACCCAGCCCUCUGAGGGGGCCGUCUUGGAGCUCAACGCGCUGGCUGCGGUUCAGUUCUUGCUGCGCUGCCUGCAGUCAGAGGUGUCGAGGUCCGAGUCGUCUCUCUUGCAGGCGGCUGCUUCCUAUCCCCUCUACGGCAGAGCCCACUGCAUCACUGCUGUCCUGCAGCAUCUAAAUACCGAGAGUUUGAGCCACACGGAGCAGUGGAGGUGUGUGGUGUCCGAGCUGGUUGCUGUGUGCUACAGGAUGUCUGAUGUGGUCUCCCCUGUGGUCCAGAGCUCCUCCCCAGAGGGACUCAUCCCCAUGGAUACUGACUCAGAGACGUCCGCGGGUCUGCAGAGGAUCCUGCAGGAGAUCCAGCCCAGAGACACCAACGACUUCUUCACCAGCGCCAGAGAGCUGAACACAGAACGCAUGGACGACCGUCACAGCACACGCACGCCGACGCUGAACACGGGCGGUGAGGGCUACAGGGUGACAGCCCAGAUGGUGCUGGUGUGCUGCUGGCGGAGCAUGAAGGAGGUGGCCAUGCUGCUUGGACAGCUGUGUCAAAGCCUGCCUCUCCACUGCACCACUGACACACACUCCGGACUCAUCACAGAGGAGCAGGUGGAGGGGGUCGGCCUUUACUUCCGUCAGCAGCUCCUGCAGUCCCGUCACCGAGGCGCCUUUGAACUGGCUUAUGUGGGCUUUGUACGCCUGACCGACAUGCUCUGCAGGAGUGGAAGUCCGGCCCUGCAGCAGCUUCCGGCCCGCUGGCUGUCCGAGGUCCUGGAGGAGGUCAAAUCCAGUGACCCGUCGUCCAAGCUGUGUGCGACACGGCGCAGCGCCGGAAUCCCCUUCUACGUCCAGGCUCUGCUCUCCUCCGAGCCCAAGUCGUCCAGUUGCAGCCUGCUGAAAAUGACCAUGAGAGAGCUGAUCUCUCUGGCCGGGCCCUCGGCCAUCGGCACCACGGACAGCUCCACCGUCCCUCAGGUGCACGCUCUGAACAUCCUCAGGGCUCUGUACCGGGACACCCGUCUGGGGGAAAACGUCAUUCCCUUCGUCUCAGACGGCAUGCAGGCUGCCGUGCUGGGCUUCACCUCGCCCGUCUGGGCUGUGAGGAACUCCUCCACUCUGCUCUUCAGCACACUGAUCACGAGGAUCUUCGGGGUGAAGAAGGGGAAGGACGAGCACUCGAAGAAGAACAGGAUGACCGGCCGAGAGUUCUUCACCCGGUUUCCAGCUCUCUAUCCGUUCCUCCUGAACCAGCUGGAGGAGGCUGCUGCCACGGUGGAAAGUGGCAGCGGUCAGGUGAAGCUGCACCCCAGUCUGUUCCUGCUGCUGCUGGUGCUCAGUCGACUCUACCCCUCCCCCAUGGACGGAUCCUCCUCGCCUCUGGGACUCGCCCCUUUCAUGCCCUUCAUCAUCAGGUGGGUGUCAGUCCGUCACGCACGGCAACACAAGCGCUGUAGCCGUCGCCAUUAAAGGUCAGCGAAGAAG